AUUUGCGCAUUUUUCACGUUUUUUGUGUUUACUUAUUGUUGUGAAAGCUUCAGGGAUGUUUGCUCUUCGAGCUCAGAUGCUAAGGAGCCUAAAUAGGGGAUGUUUUCCUGGGCAAAUCAGCCAAAUUGGAGGAUGUCGCCUGUUCAGUGAUGAAAAACCACAAACAUUUGAGAAAACUGUGAACAAUGUUACUCUUCUGGGACGUGUUGGGAUUGAGCCACAAAUGAGAGGAUCCCAGGAACAUCCUGUCGUCACCUUUUCUCUGGCUACACAUGAGAAUUACAGAUACGAGUCCGGGGAUUGGUCACAGAAGACAGAUUGGCACAGAAUUGUUGUAUUUAAGCCUCAAUUAAGGGAAUCAGUGAUGUCCUACCUCCGCCGGGGGCAGAGAGCAAUGGUUCAGGGGAAGAUCAGCUACGGCGAAAUAACUGACCAAGAAGGGAAGCAACGUGUCAGUACCAGCAUUAUUGCAGACGAUGUUAUCUUUAUCAACCCCACUGGGAAGUAGAAAUCCUUCCCAAAGCAUCUCAGGGAUUUAUUAAAAUAAGAAAAGUGUGAAAAUCGUAAUGAAUAAAAUUUUGCAUUUAUAACG